CGACGUGAAACAAAUCUCGUAAACAGCUCAUUCACAGUUACUGUUGAUUUGCAUCCAGUUCUAUCCAUAUCAUUCGUUGCUCCUUUGAAAACAAGAAAGAUUCGGAUUUAGUCAUGAUGCGUUUCCUAGUGAUUUUGCUGACUGCUUCCGCGGUUUCGGCCUUUUCGCCUUCUUUGAAUACCAACAAGGUCCAUGUUCCGGUUCCAUCCGUGUUAACGACCUCCUUGUCGUCCCCCUUAUUUCGUAGUCAAGCCUCGAGCUCUUCCUUAACUCAAUGCGAAGCUAUGCUUCAAGAAACAGAGCUGCCUGAUAAACUGUAUUUUGAAAAAGAAAAGGAAAUGCCCAAGGUAUUGGGAGGUCUCAAGAUUGGCCUCCGAAAACUGGUAGUCAUUACCGGCGCGUCGUCGGGGUUGGGUUUGAACUGCGCCACCACCCUCGCCAAGACGGGGCGAUAUUUUGUCGUCAUGGCGUGUCGCGAUGUCGAAAAGGGCAAGCAAGUCGCCAAAGAAAAGGGACUCCCAGACAACUCGUACGUUGUUAUGAAGCUUGAACUUGGUAAUCUGCAAUCGGUCCGCGAUUUUGUGAGCAACCUCAAAGCGUUCAAAGCUGCCCGUCCUUUGACACACUUGAUCUGCAAUGCUGCCGUGUACAAGCCCAAAGAUCCUGAACCGGCCUGGACCGACGAUGGGUUUGAAAUGUCCAUGGGUGUCAAUCACCUCGGCCAUUUUUUGUUGGUUCAUCUCUUGAUGGAUGACAUGUCUCGUGCCAAGGGUGCUCGUGUCUGCAUCGUGGGGUCCAUCACUGGAAAUACCAAUACCGUCGGUGGAGGUCUCGUCUACCCACAGGCUGAUUUGGGUAAACUCCAAGGAUUUGAGAAAGGCGCCAAGAAGCCGGUUGCCAUGGCGGAUGGCAAGCCAUUCUUUGGUGCCAAGGCUUACAAAGAUUCCAAAGUAUGCAAUAUGAUGACCGUGUCCGAGCUUAACCGUCUUUACCACAAAGAUACCGGUAUCGUGUUUUCCUCCAUGUACCCGGGCUGUAUCGCUGAGACCGCUCUCUUCCGCGAAAAACGUCCCUGGUUUCGCAAGGCGUUCCCUUGGUUCAUGAAGUACGUCACGGGUGGCUACGUUGGUAUGGAGGAAGCUGGGGAACGUCUUGCUCAGGUUAUAGACGACCCACAAUGCACUAAGUCGGGUGUUUAUUGGAGCUGGAAUGGCGGUGCUCAGACAGUGGGACGUUGGAGCCCCGACGGAAAGCCUCGAGGUGCCGGCGGAUCGGGUGGUGAGAUUUUUGAGAAUCAGCAGUCCGACGCAGUACGGGAUCUUCCUACCGCCAAGAAAAUGUGGAAACUGAGUAGGGAAGCAGUUGGUCUUUCCAAGAAGGAAAUGUUUAAGGGUGGAAAGCUUGAAGAGGAAUAAUAAGCAAAGAAGAUUGCUUCUACGGAAAAGAGGGCCCAUUGUCGAUUCGCUUGGUGCUAGUCACAUGCACUCAUGUUGCUUUCACAUUUGAUCAUCUGCACAAUUCAAUAUAUCGAUAUGUGGCUACAUCACCGAAAAAAUUCAUUGCUGAUUUGACAAGCUCGAGCAUAGUUCAACGAAACAAUACUAGAAACACUGGAAGC